AAAAGUGAGGUCAUGUGCAGUGUGGAGGCAUUUCAGCACAGCUAGUGUAAGAGGUUAAAUUGGCUAAACCAGGUUACAGGACAGCUACUUCUGAUAGAUAUUCUGCUUGGAGAGUGCACGUUGAUCUGCCAAAAUGAAGUCCGCACGACUUUUGGUUAAAACUGCUAAUAUUUCCAAAGAAGUGGAUCGAUUCUGCAAGUAUUCACCGUCUCCGCUGUCCAUGAAACAAUUUUUAGACUUCGGUUCAUCAAAUGGAUGUGAAAAAACAUCCUUUAAAUUUCUUCGCCAGGAACUUCCUGUACGACUUGCUAACAUCAUGAAAGAAAUCAAUCUUCUUCCUGUCAAUCUGUUAAGUACCCCUUCAGUACAGCAGGUACAAAGCUGGUAUUCACAGAGCCUUCUGGAACUCAUGGAAUUCUUAGACAAAAGCUCAGACGACUUUAAGACUUUGUUAGAGUUUACAAAUGCCCUCAUCAACAUCAGAAACCGUCACAACGAUGUGGUUCCCACCAUGGCACAAGGAGUAAUUGAAUAUAAGGAUGCCUUUGGUGUAGAUCCAGUAACCAAUCAAAAUGUUCAGUAUUUUCUGAAUCGAUUCUACAUGAGUCGCAUUUCUAUUCGCAUGCUUAUUAACCAGCACACUCUUCUUUUUGAUGGCAGGACAAAUCCUGCACACCCAAAGCACAUAGGGAGCAUUGACCCUAACUGCGAUGUUGUUGAAGUUGUGAAAGAUGCGUAUGAGAGUGCUAAGAUGCUGUGUGAGCAGUACUACCUGACAUCUCCUGAUCUUGUGAUCCAGGAGCUCAAUGGAAAUAAAUACCAGGAUCCAGUCCGCAUUGUUUAUGUCCCAUCUCACCUCUAUCAUAUGUUGUUUGAGCUCUUCAAGAAUGCGAUGAGAGCGACAGUAGAAUAUCACGAUACCGAUGCGUGUCUUCCACCAGUUGAAGUAAUAGUUGCUUUGGGCCAGGAAGAUGUUACAGUCAAGAUGUCGGACAAAGGCGGUGGUGUACCACUGAGAAAGAUCGAGUGUUUGUUUAGUUAUAUGUACUCCACAGCACCAAGGCCAGUGAUGGACAGCAGCCGUAAUGCCCCCUUGGCUGGAUUUGGCUAUGGCUUGCCAAUUUCUCGUCUUUAUGCCAAAUACUUUCAGGGUGAUCUGCACCUAUAUUCUUCAGAAGGAUAUGGAACGGAUGCAAUCAUUUACCUUAAGGCUCUGUGUACCGAUUCAGUGGAAAGAUUACCAGUGUUCAAUAAAUCAGCAUGGCGCCAUUACAAAACGAAUCAUGAAGCAGAUGACUGGUGCAUUCCUAGCAGUGAACCCAAAAAUGUUUCAGGAUUCCAAGAAAAACUAUGAGCUGGCCCUGCAUUUCCAAAGAUGCAAAGGAUCAAACUACCUCUUCCCCUUGGACCAAGGACAUGAACAAACCCAGGUGGGGAAGAGAUGUUUUGGUGGACAUCACCCAGCCAAAAACAGGGUGCACAAGAAAUAUGAGUGACCAGAAUUUCUGUGAAGUAUCUGACUUCAGUGUACCAUGUUGGUGUCAACAAACAGUAAGAAACAUGAACAGCUCAUAAUUUUAUAGUUUCUACUGUCUGCACAUAAUAGAAAGAGGGCAUUUAAUGAAGUGGGUUUCAUAAUUAACUUGAUCCCUUAAGUGAUUCUCCCACUACAUAACACAGUGGUAAUUUGCAGUUUCUGUUUUGUCAAGAAAAUGUACUUCAUGGCAUUAUGAGUUUGCAGCUUUGAUAUCUACCACACGUGUGGAGUGCACUUUUAACACUUAGUCGAAAGAUCUAAUAGAUGUACAAAAAAGCAAUAACCAAGUAAAGAGAACCACUACAUUUGCAUUACUAAAAUAAGCUAUAUUAAUACUGCACAUAUUUGUAAAGGAGGGCUAAUUGUAACCAUAAACACGACACAUUUUAAAUAAGCAUUUUAUGUUAUUUAAGAUGUAAGAAAGAUAGGUGCAUGCUGAAAUUCUGAGGGCUGUAAUGAUCCUUGAAAUGCUGGAACUACAAGUGUGUACGGGGGUGAUAUAUACUAAGUCAAGGUUGCCUUAACUAGGAAAAUUCCCCUUUCUGUGAAGAUAUUUGUAUAUAAGUAUCAGGAGUACAUGUGGGAUACAGCUCACAUAUUAUAAGUGCAGGGGAGUCCAGCCUUCCAUGCUUCAAAAAAAGCACUUUAAUGAUGUAAAUGUGACUUUUAAAAAUGUUGUGCUUUUUGUUGAGUAUUAAUGUAUUUUUUGCACUUGUUGGCACACAGUUUCAAGUCUCACGCUCAUGAACAAAAUCAUGAACCAGAAAGCAGGGUUAUAUUUUGAGUAGUGCCCAUGAUUCAAGCAAUAAUGUUUUAAGGAAAAAGAAUUAAAUCUAAGGACUUAUUCUGAAAAACACAGCAGAAAGUACCAGAACUCUUCCGUUUAUUUCCCCUUGAGCUGAGUAUGAUUGCGCUGUUGUAUGUGGCAGAAUUGCUAGUGCUCCCCAAACUUUGAUAAUUGUUUCUUUGUGGUCAGAUAAAAAGAAGUGGACAUUGCCACCACUGUCAAUGUUCACCAAGUCAUUGCAUCACAUAACAGUGUACCACUCAGAGGGACUUUAUUAGUGCCCUGUGUCUGUAUUUACAACACUGUAGCUGUGCACAUACCCAUGCAUACAGUAAAGGACAUGGAGUCCACCUCUAACAAACUGUCAUUGUGUUAAUUUCAACCACAUACUAGGUUUGCAUUGGAAAAAAAACAAUAUGACAAAGUUUCUCUACCUUCCCAUCCCUCAAAACAUUUUACUAUGAAAGCAAACAGACCAGAAUUACAGGUCAUUAAGUUUUGGAUUACUAAAGUUUUUUGCAUAUUCCUUGCUGUUAUGUCCUACCUAUAAAUACUGAAAAAUAAAGAAAUGAUAUAAAUA